AUGGCGCAGCUCAAGCGGGUCGGGUUUCUCUUGGCACUUCUGGGGUUUGCUAUAUGCCAAAAUGCUGUUAAUGACGUUUAUAUGUGCGAUGAAACUAAUGCCCAGCAUAAUUGGUAUAUCUAUUGCCAAGGUCCGCUCCUUGCAGCGGCACAACUUCACCAAACGGCCCUCGGCCAUAAUGACUCUAAAUAUUUUGUCGAUAUGCCGUUGACAAAGUCGCCAGAAGAAACCCGUGACGCCUACGCUAAACAAUUUGGGAACGAUACGCACGCUAUCGACGUAGAAGCGUUGAAGAAAUUUAUUGCUGAACAUUUUGCCGAGCCCGGCAACGAAAUGACGGAAUGUACACCAUCCGAUUGGACGGCAAAGCCAGCCAGCUUUGACAAAAUCAUCGACCCCGACUUGAAGGAGUUCGCAUACGAUUUGAACGACAUUUGGAAAACGCUGUGCCGGCAGAUUAAAGGAGACGUGAACGCAAAUCCAUCGCAGUACUCCUUGCUCUACGUUCCGCACGAAUUUAUUAUACCAGGAGGGCGAUUUCGCGAAUUCUACUACUGGGAUGCUUAUUGGAUUAUCAAGGGUCUACUAGCCAGCGAAAUGCAUCGAACAGUCCGAAACAUGAUCGACAACCUGGUCUAUAUGGUGAAAAAUCAUGGAUUUGUACCAAAUGGAGGCAGAGUUUACUAUUUACAACGAUCACAACCGCCUUUCCUGAUCCGGAUGGCAUUUGAAUACUAUCAGAAAACAAAAGAUCUCGCAUGGUUGAAAAAUAACAUCGACACCUUCGUGCAAGAGCUUGAAUUUUGGAAUAAAAAUCGGGCGGUUGAUGUGACAAUAAAUAACAAACCUUACACUUUCUACCAAUAUCGACCUACGAGUAAUACACCCAGACCGGAAGGGUAUCUUCAUGAUAUUCAAGCAGCUGCUCAGAUUAAUGGACCAUCGCAGAAGACGUAUUUACAAAAUCUGGCAGCAACCGCCGAAUCUGGCUGGGAUUUCUCUACUCGUUGGUAUAACGACUCGCGCACCAUGGACACCAUCAAAACGACAGAUAUCCUUCCCGUCGACCUCAACUCCUACAUCUACUUAAACUACCGUAUCCUGGGAUAUUUUUAUAAGGAACUGGGCAACGCAACCCAAGCCGAGCCGUAUGAAUCCCACGCUCGAGUUGUCCGGGGUUGGAUCCGAGAAGUUUUCUUUGAUGAAAAACUUGGAUCAUUUUUCGACUAUCACCUAGACACCAAAAGCUUAAACACACUUUUCUACGCAUCCACAGCCGCUCCACUCUUCGCUGAAGCUUAUGAUUUGUUGGAUAGCACCCUGCCUAAUCGAGUUCUGCAGUAUAUGAAGUCCCAACACGUCUUCGAUCAACCAGCUGGGGUACCUACUUCGUUGAUAAACUCCACGGAGCAGUGGGAUUUCCCGAACGGAUGGGCGAACCUUGAGCACCAGAUUGUAGAAGGGUUGCGGAAGUCGUCGGAUCCGGAGGCGCAGAGGAUGGCCUUUGACUUGGCGCAAAAAUGGGUGGUAGAAAACUUCAUGACGUGGAAGUUGACGAAGGCAAUGUGGGAAAAGUAUGAUGUAUCUGGAGGGGUUCCACAUCCUGGGCAUGGAGGAUUGUAUGACGUUCAGCUCGGUUUCGGCUGGUCCAAUGGGGUCGUGCUGGACUUGUUGAUGACGUACGGCGAUCGGCUGGUGAUCCCGAGACCAAACCCGACGAACGCCUUGCCGACAACGACGCAGGCCGGCUCGAGCCUACCAUUAAUGUCGGCACUCCUCAUUUUGUGUGCUUUCCUCUGGGUUAAUAAAGAG